UAACUGUUAAUCUGAUAAAACUUUAAUUAACUCUUGGAUAAAACAAACAUUAUAGAGUAUGUCGCCUCUGCUAUCAUCUUAAUCAAGAGAAGAAGGCCCUAAUUGUAGUUUGGAAGUAAUUUUAGUGCUCCAAAUCCAGUAUUAUGGAACCAAAUAAGCAAUGGAUGGAACUUAUUAAUGAUCGAAUUGCUGAUGCUUACAUAGAUGGGGUGGAGAAUUUUUUAGAUUAUGCUUUUACAAGAUUGGGAGAACCGCGCUUGAUACGUUGUCCAUGCAUCAAAUGUGGUAAUGCAACUUCUAGAACACGUCCGAUGGUUAGGUCACAUUUGAUAGUACAUGGGAUAAUACCAAGUUAUACUCUUUGGUAUCACCAUGGGGAGAGUUCAGGUCCAUGUGAAUCUCGAAAGGGCAAAAAAGUCAGAGGAUUGAACAUUUGUAAGAAAGUUUUGCGACUGAAACCUGGAGAAAAGUUAAGAGUCACUUUCUACCAAAAUCGAGUUGUUGGGAUGAACCACGCCUCAUUUACGAGGCACUUGGGUUUGCUAGUUCGUGAUCGUAGUAUGUGCCCGCUGCGGGUACACUCAUGGUUGGACAUCGAAGAACAUAAGCUUGAUCACAUGUGGAAAGCUGUUACUGAUAAAUUUGUCUGUGACAACAUGAAUGAUCAAAAAGAACAUGUCUUACAACAUAUGAGAAGGUUAUGGAAUAACUGGAGAGGAUCACUGCACAAGAAUGUGAAAUCGAAGUCAUUGCACAGGGUUCUAAAAGAUGUGCCGGCGGGAGUACACAAGAGUGAUUGGGAAUGGUUGGUCAAGGAACAUUUUUUAUCUGAUAAAUUUAAGGAAGCAAGUACAAGAAACUCAAUCAAUAGGUCUAAGGUGACUAUGCCUCAUCGUACGGGUAGCAAGCCUUAUAGAGAGAUUAUUUACGGACUGGGAGGCAAAGAUGGUAAUCCACCAGACAUGGCAACUCUUUUCUUUGAGACUCGUAAGAAGGACGACGAGCUUGUCGAACCUGAAACCAUUGAAAAAUAUGCUGAAAUCCAAAAAUUGGUUCAAUCUGAUCCAUCUCUUACAAAUAUUGAAGUCAUAGAAAAGUGCUUUGGACCUCAACGUAAGAGUCAUGUAGUUGGAUUUGGUGGUGGGAUAACUGCUAAAGAGUUGAAAGGUGGUAACUCUUCAAAGGCUGCCUUGUUGGAAGAGCUGAAAACAACUAAAAAAGAAAAGGAAUCACUACAAAAGCGCAUGGAUAUUCUAGAGAGUAAAUAUGAACGGCUUGAACGUAUAGUGCUUGGUCAGCCUUCAUCACCGCCACCAGAAUUUGAAGAUUGAAGAAAUGUCCUCGAAGAAAGUGCAGAGCAAGUUGAAGCGCAUUGUUUUAUUACUGGUGGUGCAGAGACGUUAAUUGUACAUAUGCUAAAAUUUCAUUUUCUCAAUUUUUAGGAUUUGAUGGAUAUAUUAUGUUGGACAUACAUAUUUUUUUCAGUAGUUAAUGUGAUGUUUCAGUUCUUUGCAGCUAACAAUGAAAU